AUGACAACCAAAACAAAGAGUGUAAGCAAAGAAAAUAUUUUAGAUAUUGGAUGGAAUGGAAAAAUAGACCAUUAUUUGUCUAAUAUUGUUCCGAAUGGCAUAGUAAAAAUCAAAAAUGGAAAUAGCAUGACACAAUUUAAUUUAGAAAUCCAAAAAAACUACAUACGAGAGAUGAUUAAACAAUCAACCGAAAUGAUGAAACAACAAAAAGAAUUUGAACUAGAAUUGGUAUUGAAAAACAAAAUGAGUCCGUUAACAGCAAAUAAAUCUGUCUUAAAGCACCCCGUAGUUGCCCAAAGACUAAAAGCAAAGAGGUUAAUUGAAUUUAACAAGGAAAAGCCGAAAAAACAUUAUUCACGGACAUAUGUCAAAAAAUUUGAAAAAGUUCAAUGCGAAAAUAUUCCGUCGGAAGUUGAACAAAUGGGUAUAAAAUUCAGAGAACUGAAAUUUGGAGAAAGUUGUGUUUUCGAUUAUUACAAACAUGGUAAACAUUUAAAACAAAAAAUGAACGAACAUAACAAAGAAAUUGGACUACAUCUACCACGCUCAAACUUCCAGGUCAAAAUUAAUGACGAAAAAUUAAACUCAAUGACCAAGAUGAAUAUAAACAAUAUUCAAGAUACAGCAGUUCCGAUGGAAGGUGUUAUAAAUUCAUCGGAUCAAUUAUACGAGGAUACAGUUAUGCAGAUGUUUCGAUUAAAAAUUAAUGAUGGUUGGGAUUUUUCGUCAGAAGAAAUGGAUACGUCGGACGACGAAUUGAUUUGUCCAUGUGAAAAUCAUCCUAACUAUAAGAGUGCUAUUCCAUUUGAUGUUUAUUCGUAUACAAAAUAUGAAGAAAAACUUAUGCCUCACGUAAUCAAGCCACGUUUCCACGCAUAUCUUCAUUAUCCUGUUGGAUUUGUGCUCUUCUGUCUCGCUUUGCUAUGUAAUUUAAGUCGUUCGACCCUUUGCGUCUUGCUGGCAUCAUUUAUUGUACAUUACACAUAA